GGCGGCGGUGUCGGAGGCGCUGAGUGUCGGUGUCGCUGGGAGUUUGUUGGCUGAGCGAGCGAGCGAGCGAGGGAAGAUGUCCGGGCGCGGGAAGCAGGGCGGGAAGGCGCGCGCCAAGGCCAAGUCGCGCUCGUCGCGGGCCGGGCUGCAGUUCCCCGUGGGCCGCGUGCACCGGCUGCUGCGCAAGGGCAACUACGCGGAGCGCGUGGGCGCCGGCGCGCCGGUGUACCUGGCGGCCGUGCUGGAGUACCUGACGGCCGAGAUCCUGGAGCUGGCGGGCAACGCGGCCCGCGACAACAAGAAGACGCGCAUCAUCCCCCGCCACCUGCAGCUCGCCAUCCGCAACGACGAGGAGCUCAACAAGCUGCUGGGCAAGGUGACGAUCGCGCAGGGCGGCGUGCUGCCCAACAUCCAGGCCGUGCUGCUGCCCAAGAAGACCGACAGCCACAAGGCCAAAGCCAAGUAAACGCUUCCUGAGGCUCUCCUCCAAACAAAGGCUCUUUUCAGAGCCGCCCACAUUUUUCAUAAAGGGUUGAGUCACUGCACUUUUCGUUAUCCAGUGAAAAUAGACAGCAACGCGUGAGUUGUCUUUUUUUUUCAGAAAUCUUAGAAUUGUGCUAUUUUUUGCUUAAGUUUCGUUGUUCUUGUACAGAAGUUGCCUUAAAGCUGCUUUCUUUUAUUCUUAAAGGUCGCUUGUUUGUAUUACUGAAGUGAAUUUUCAUAGUUUGUCUUUUUAGCAUGUCUUAAUUGAAUGUUGUGUGUUGGCAGUGGGAAGUGGGGGUUUUAUAAUGGCGCAAAUAUCCCGGGUCCGGCCCAGCCCGCUCCGCCUUUGCUGUAAGUGCUCUGUUCAGUCAGUACCUGUUGGACGGCAACAAUAAAGUCUGAGCAGUCCGGAUUGUUUCCUUUGAGAGCACUAAAGAGUAGCUCAUCUCUAUUGCACCUUCGAGUUUCAGAGAAAGGGGAGUGGGAAAGGAACAUAAAUUGCAGACAAAAAAAUAAAUUAAAAAAAAAACCCAAAAAUCCCCAAAAACAAGCAAACAAAAAAAAAACCCAAAACAAACCCUAAAUAAUGUUCUGCAGCCCUGGCAGCGGCUUGAGGAAAUGGUUUCCCGGCAGGAGGGGCGUUCCCAGCCCCGGCCCGGCCCGUUCCCGUUGCCGCCCCCCGGCAGCGCCGGGCGCAGUUUGGGGCGGGAGGCGCUCGCAGGGUCCCGGAGCGCUCGGCUGCGCUGUGCCGCGGGGGGGACACCGCCUUCGGCUGGGGGGCACGGCCGCUUUGAUUUCGUUGUUCUGGCACUGAUCGCUGCAUCCACGCCCUCCUCCCUCCUUGGCAUGGGGAGCUUCCAGCGGUUCUUAGGAAAGCGGCUGCUCGUACAGCAGCUCACGGGGUUCCUUUAAAUUUGAUUCUCCGGUGCUGCCCUGCUGGCUUCCCGUUUCCUGCUGGCUUUAGCGGGGCUCCUCCCGGCUCAUUUCCCUCAGCAGCUCCCGCGGGCUCUCGGCUGCAGGAGGCAGCAGCUCCUUGGCCUCUCCAGGCUCUGUCCUGCAGUGGCGGCACCGCAGCAUCGGGAGCAGUUUUAACCUGACCCUGCCUUUCCCCACCUCUGUCCUCCAGUGCAGGAGAAAAGAGAUGUGACUCAACAUCUCUGACCUGGUGUUGGCUGAAUUUCACUUUCCUAAAGUGAGCCGGUGCUGAAUUCACCCUUCCACAGGCGAAGGAAGUCUGCACUCCCCUCAUUGUCACCUUGUUCCACGCAAUGAGACUGCCCUGCACAUUGAAUUGUAGCAAACACUGGGAAAGACUUCUAAGGAAAACUGUGUGUGCAUCAUCUCGAUGAUGUGUGAAUACUAGAAUAAAAUUCUAGUUUGUAGACUGUAGAAACUUCCAACAGAACAAUUUUAUGGGUUUCCUUGCCUUAAAAAAGAAUUCUCUGAUAUUAAAGGUACAGUGGUAAUAGUCCAACAGAUAUAUAAUUAAUAACUAUCGUUGUAGUAUUUCCUCUCCUUUUUUUUUUCUGCUAUAAAAUGUGCUCAGUUAUUAUGUAGUUGUAGUUUUGAGUUACAUACUUGGGAAAUAAGGCCAUAAAUUAAAGAUAUGGGUACAUGAGGUCUAAAUUAUGGAGGGUUGCAGGACCUAGAACGUAAAUUGUACAGGCAGACACUCUUGUGGAAAUGCUUUAUAGAUGUGGUUUAACAAAACCGGGAUAAGUGAGUAGAACAGCUUUGAAAAUAUAUUUAUUUCCCAACAGUGAGUCAUUGGCACAGAUGUACUCCUGGAUAUUCCUUUGACAAAAACUUGGUUUUGCAACAGCAGAAUGGGAGGAGAUGGUGAAAGUGGGAGCCCUCAGCAGCUGUGAGGGGACAGAACUUUGGGCAGGGCCCCACCAACCCCCCACGCUGCUCCCUGCAUCCCCAUCCCUCCCUGUCCACCCCCCACAGCCCGUGCUUUGGAAAGGAUUCUGUGCCUGGUUUGGAAUGUCGGGAUUCACCGCGGCCCCCGGACUGAGGAGCUGCCUGUGCCAUAAAACGAAGGACUCGCAUAGGAAUUUGUGACUGGUUUGGAUUUUUUUCCUUUGUUCGUUUUGCGAUUGAAAGUCAGGAGAAGAAUUUGGGCACGUUACAGAGGAGAGCUCGGCUGAGGCUGUUCUCCUGUUGCUGCAUAAAUACAGCACUGGGGGUGAGUGACACAGUGGGUGAUUCCCAACAGGAGCCAUCACUUCUGCAGCGACAACAAAAUCCUUUGGGUUUGUCAGUCAGGCUGUGACAAGCAGAAGUUUUCCUGGUCCCUGCACUGGGGCCAGGGACAGUGAUUUAAGGAUUCAUCCACCUCUGGGAGGUGGGAGAUGCAGGGUAACACAGGAUGGAGCAGGACUGCACAGUGGCAAUGGGGCUGUUUUGGGAUUAGGAGCUCAUCAGGUUAUGCUGCUCUGUGGCUUCCAGCAACACCUUGAGCUGCAAGAGGCCCUGGGAACAGAAGGGAGAAGGCAAAGAAAAGGGUGGGAUAUCUCCUGGAAGGGCAGAGCAGGGCCUGGACUUUUAAAUCCAGAAACAAGGUAUUUCCUCUUCAGAUUUGUCCCAGACACCAGGUAAAUUAUUUUCUGCUUUACCUUUGUCCGGAAACAAACCUGUAAGGUGAAAAUGAAAAAUAGAUAGUAUUUGGUACAGCAGAUAUACAGUAGAUAUUAUUAAAUUAAAGCAAAUGCUGUAAAUUAAUCCCAGCUCUUUUGCAGUUUCCUGGCGUUUCCCCUGUUCUUUACACCAUGCCAAUUCCUGCUGGGACCUGUGAGCUGCUGUGCUAACUCUGAAGUGCAGCACACGCACAUCCUGUGAGGUUGUGCAUGACAAGUAAGUACCAGGUGAGGCUGAAGCUCCAGGGCUCCAGGUGCCUGUGAAACGUGGCCAUUCCCCUUCUCCCGUGGGGUUGGCAGCAGGGAUUUCAAAAGCCCCCGAUGCAGAGAGCAGAAGGGCCUCAGACAGAUUUGGCUCCCUGAGGCAGCUCAGCCCAGCCCAGGCUCCAGCAGUGCCUGUGCUGCCUCAGCCCAGCCUUGGGGCUCGGGCACAGCUGGAGGCAGCUCUGCUUCAAGAUGGUUUUUUACGUGUUAAAGAUUGGGCCAAUGCCAUUCCUAUGGUAAUUUUUGUCUUCUUUUCUGAGUGGAAUGACUGAAGGCGCAAAAAACUUGCUGUGUCCCAAGAGCAUAAGGGGAAAAAAAACCCCCAAAACUUGAUCAUGUGAGGAGUUCAGAUUGUUUAUUUUCGAGGUGGCUGCUAUUUGCUGCAAAAGGAAAAAGGAUGCACACCAGAGAGGUUUGCAUUUCUUCACAGCUCUGAUAUUGCACAAAACGAGAUCAAUCUCCUUUCAUCUGUUUGCAGUUCAGAUUUCAGAUGUAACACUCUGUGUGCUCUCUUCUUAUUUCAGGAAUUAUUUCUUCCAUUUUCUUACUACCUUUGCAAGUAAAAAUAUCUACAUGCAAUAUAAGCAGGAGUGCAAGUACAAAAAGGUUGUGGAUUUUAUGUGGGAUUAAAAUUCCCAUCUGUUCUAUAACUCUUUUCAAUCUACUUGUUUUCUUGUUGUAAGGUGAAUUAUCCUCAUAAUUGCUUCCUGAGAUUUACAGUGGUGAAAAUAAAAGGAUGAAUUUUUCGAUUAA